CACCAGUAAUUGUGCAAAGAAUACAGUAAAGGCAGCAAAUGGCUUGUUCUUACACUGAACACCACUUUCCCUGGUGAAAACAGCUGCAUUGCCCUACACUUCAUGACAACUGGUGCAUUUGUUCAUAUCAAUUAUAAUUGCAACAAUGACACUCUCCUCUGAUAUUAUCGACUAUAUACUAAAGUUAUUAGAUAAUUAACUUUUUUUCUAGUGGGUAGUAGUACUCAGGAUGAAGGAUUAUUUUACAGACAAAGUUGAGGAAAGGCCCUGGUGGGAACCAGAUAGGAAAUUCACCUAUAAUGCAGUUUUCUACACCCUACUAUUCAAUCCUGCACAUAUCUGGAAAUGAACAGAGGUACAAGGAGGGUAAGUUUGCACUGACAGGGGAUCACAGGCGUCAUUGGGGCAUUAAAUCGUCACUGAAGGAGCUGGGUGUGAGGGUGACAUGACCCGGUAAUGCCUGUGGCCUGGUCUCCCUGGAGAUACCGGUUACGCCGUACAAAAGGGGUUGGUUGAGUGGGCAAUAAGGAAAGCACAUCCGUGUCUCACCGUUUGUAGAUUUUACAAUACGACCGAACUAUAGGAGCGGUGCUUCGUUGUGGGGAAGAGCACGAAGGAUGGUGACCAAACCAGCAGCACAGAUGCCCACGAAGGAAAGCACGCCGCCGCUGCCGCUCCCCAGAGCCCAGAAAUCCGCCUCUAGGCUCUCCCAGAGCGUCAAAUCCAUGGAGGUGAAGCCAGGGAGGGCGGUGAAGGAGAUCAGGUCGGUGAUGAUUGACCUGGGCACGGGUUAUUGCAAGGCGGGCUACGCCGGGCAGCCGCGGCCCUCGGUGGUGCUGUCCUCCAUGGUGGGCCGACCCGUGCAGAUGAGCGCCAAGACGGGCGACAACCGCCAGGAGAACUUCGUGGGAGACGAGCUGAGCAGGCCGGAGCCCAAGCUGAAGCUGAUCAACCCCUUGAGGCACGGCAUCGUGGUGGACUGGGACGGGGUGGAGGCCAUCUGGGCUCACAUCUUCUACAAGGCCAUGAAGAUCCUGCCCGAGGAACACGCCGUGAUGUUGGCCGACCCUCCCCUCAGCCCCACCACCAACAGGGAGAAGAUGGCCGAGAUCCUCUUCGAGACCUUCAGCACGCCGGCCAUGCACAUCGCCUACCAGUCCAUCCUGUCGCUGUACUCGUACGGCCGCACCACCGGCCUGGUGGUGGAGUGCGGCUACGGCGUCACCCAUGUGGUGCCCGUCCAUGAAGGCUACAACAUGCCCCAUGUGACGGGCAGGGCCGACUAUGGCGGCGCCGACCUCAACGACUACCUGCUGAAGCUGCUCAACGAGGCGGGCAGCAGGUUCACCGACAAGAACCUGCACAUCGUGGAGGAUAUCAAGAAGAAGUGUUGCUACACCGCCCUCAACUUCGAGCACGACCUCAGCCUGGAUGUCAACGAGUACAUGGUGGAGUACGAGCUGCCGGACGGGCAUGUCAUCACCAUCGGCAAGGAGAGGUUCCGCUGCCCUGAGGCUCUCUUCAACCCCUCCCUCAUAGGCUCCAAGGAGCCCGGCAUCCACUCCCUGGCCCUGCACAGCCUGGACAUGUGUGAUAGCAACCUCAAGUACGACAUGUACAGCAACAUCUUGCUGUGCGGGGGCUCCACCAUGUUCGACGGCUUCUCCGACCGUCUGCAGAAGGAGAUGAACAAGAUGGAGAAGGGCAUGAACCCCGCCGUGCACUGCAUCCCCGAGAGGAAGUACUCGGUCUGGCUUGGAGGGUCAAUCAUGGCUUCCCUCAAAUCCUUCCAGCAGCUCUGGGUGCGCAAGAGAGAUUAUGAUGAGAGAGGUCCAUUCGCUGUUUACCGCAAAUGCUUCUGAAACUUUUUGCUGCACUUUUUAUUUUAAUACUUGACCGGUAUUCAAACACAUCGUCUCAUUUAAUUUAUCAUGAUUUCUACCGGAUCAAAACGCAACCUUUUCUUAACAUAAUAAAGCAUUUCUCAAUUAUUUGCUUUGCCCGAUUCAUUAGUACUUACCAGUGGCCCAGCCAAAUCAUGAAUACCUGGGAUCCAAGCUCCAAUUCACAGGUGGUAACCCACUAAUUGCACCUGCCAAUCUUAGAAAGAUUCAUUUAUUGCCAUUCAUUGAUUUCUGCCUGAUAAACAAUUCUCACACCGUGUAAGUACAUCACCUCGAAUGACGCAGGCUCUAACUUGUGGAUCAACUGCCAGUUAAAAAUCAUCCAAAAGUCCAAAUACAUCACCUUCACUGGUCCCCCCCUCAUCUAUUCUAUCGGUCAUCCUCAACUUCUAGUUCUGUUUCGUAAAUCCAGAUUGACUGCUGUCUUUUUAUCUCUUCAAGAUAAUUUUCCCUGCUACUGGUGUUAGGUUAACAUAAUUUGUCGGCUCUUGUUUACCGUUCUUAAAAUACUGGGGUCAGAUUUGCUAUUCUACAAUCCAUAACAAUGGCCACAAAAUCUAUAUGAUUUGGGAAAAUUAUAUCCAGAGAAUUCGCUAUCUCUGUCAUUUCUUUCAAAAAUCAUAUUUUUUAAAUAUGCAACC